UCAUCGACAUUGUCUGCAAAAUUACUUUUCUUUAUUUCGUUCUAACCAGAUACGCUGUCUUCUUACACGCCGUUAACAUUGAGAGCUUGCACCGUAUCACCCACGACCGAGACAAUACAACAACUGCGCAAGCUAAUUCGAUAGUUUUUACAUGAUUCUCUUUUUUUUCUUUCUUUCAUUUUUUCACCAAAUUGAUAAAUGUCAAUAGCGCAGAGUCGCCAGUUAUGAGCCACUGGCACGGCUUAUCGUUUUUUUUUCUAAUAAAAUUAAACCUGAUUCGAGUAUUUUGAUCGAGAAUGGCGAGAAAUCCAAACCGUUCCGAUUAUCACCGCGAAGAGGACGAAGAGAUGCACGCGAGUCCUCCACUGGACUUAUCCUUCAAGAACGCCCGUACGAUCAACGAUCUACUCAAUCGCGCCGUGCAAUCGACUCGCGUCGGUAAGCUACCGGAUCUGUCGGUGAACGAACGCUACCUCACCAGUUCUUUGUGGCUAAGCAACAACGUCUUCUCAAGCUGCGCUGGCCUCGACAAUUUAGCCAAACAUUUCCUCGAGGACCCGACCGAGCUCCGUUGGUUGGAUCUCGCCUACAAUCGCAUCGGUGACCUCGACGACGAGCUUUUGAAAUUUAAAAAUUUGACGAUCCUCUACUUGCACGGUAAUCUCUUAUCCGACAUGAAGAGCAUUGUCAAAUUGCGAUCUCUAACAAACCUCCGCAACCUCACGCUUCACGGCAAUCCUAUCGAGCAAAUGCCCGCUUAUCGCCGCUACAUCGUGGCUAUACUGCCGUGGAUAACGAAUUUGGAUUUCUCUCCAGUCAUCGAUACUGAGAAAAAAAGGGCUUUACCAACUGGAUUUCACAAGACAGUGCAAGUCGACUUGUAAAUAA